ACUAAAUAGUUAUUUAUUGUUGCGACCAAUCGACUACCCUCCCAGUUUUUAUUAUUUAUUUCAGAUGUUUUUAUUGUAAUUUAUUUGAAGUUUUCACCCACGCCAAAUCUCGCUAAAAAUUCUCUUGUUUGAGUUGAAUCUUCUUGUGUGUUCCGGGAGUCUGGUGGCCUACUUCUGAAACCUCAGAUUUUGAACUCAGUUAUUGCAACACCAUCUGGAACUUUGUCUCUCAGGCUUUCACAAACAGGUUGGCCGAAACGGCCGUUAACUUGACCGAUACCCCAGAUAUGGCCGAAAAUCGAGGAUCAACUAGCAACAACUCCGUACGUCUUCCCAAUCAAGUGCAGGUCAGUUUCCUGGUGGGAUCCGACGGUGUUGGAGAGAGCGGAAAUCCCCGUCCGGUGUCAGCAUCUACCAAUAAGGAAGAGGAGGAAAGUAUCAGCAACGGCAGUGGAGACUUGUGUGAGGAUGUCAUCUCUCUUGGUAGCCAGGACACUAUAUCAGAUGAUUCUUCCACUAACGGCCAAGACAGCAAAAACUCUAAGCAUCAGAAAUCUUUGAUGAGAGCUACUAUGUCGCAGAGUCAUUUGCGUGUGAAGCAACGCGGAAUGGAGCUCAAUAAGGACCUCAACGUGGCUACACCAGAGGAAUUUGUUAGACAGUUUGGCGGCAAUCGUGUAAUCAAUCGAGUAUUGAUUGCCAACAAUGGAAUCGCAGCUGUCAAGUGUAUGCGUUCUAUACGCAGAUGGGCUUAUGAAAUGUUUCGGAACGAACGGGCCAUCCGCUUCGUCGUUAUGGUUACGCCUGAAGACUUGAAAGCUAACGCGGAGUAUAUAAAAAUGGCUGACCACUACGUACCAGUCCCCGGUGGAACCAACAACAACAAUUAUGCUAAUGUUGAGCUGAUUUUGGACAUUGCAAAGCGUAUGCAGGUACAAGCCGUCUGGGCUGGCUGGGGUCACGCGUCUGAAAAUCCUAAACUUCCAGAGUUAUUGAUCAAGAAUAGCAUUGCUUUCAUUGGGCCGCCAGAAAAGGCCAUGUGGGCGCUAGGUGAUAAAAUAGCCUCAAGUAUUGUAGCCCAAACGGCCGAUAUCCCAACACUUUCGUGGUCUGGGUCUGGACUCAAGGCUGAGUUUCGCGAUAAGCGGAUAAAAAUUUCGACAGAGUUGUACCGGAAGGGAUGCGUUGAAUCAGCAGAGGAAGGUCUGGAGGCCGCUCAGAGGAUCGGAUUUCCGGUCAUGAUCAAAGCUAGUGAAGGUGGCGGUGGUAAGGGCAUCCGGAAAUCUGAGUCUGCCGACGAUUUUGCCAACCUCUUUCGCCAGGUCCAAGCGGAGGUCCAAGGUUCACCAAUUUUCAUUAUGAAGACAGCCGGUUGCGCUCAUCACUUGGAGGUGCAGAUUUUAGCCGAUCAAUAUGGAAAUGCCAUUUCGCUUUUCGGUCGAGAUUGUUCCAUUCAAAGACGUCAUCAAAAGAUCAUUGAGGAAGCUCCUUGUGCUAUCGCUCCACCCCACAUUUUUGAACAAAUGGAAAAGGCUGCUGUCCGUCUAGCUAAAAUGGUCGGAUACGUUAGUGCGGGAACUGUCGAAUAUCUAUACGAAGCGGACGGAAGCUUCUACUUUUUGGAAUUGAACCCUCGCUUGCAGGUUGAGCAUCCUUGCACAGAGAUGGUGUCAGACGUGAAUUUGCCAGCUGCUCAGCUACAAAUUGCUAUGGGUAUUCCUUUGUAUCGAAUCAAAUCGAUUCGUACCUUAUACCGUCUUAAUCCUUGGGAUAACAUACCCAUUGAUUUCGAUAACCCUCCUAAUCCUCCUACUCCAUGGGGGCACGUAAUCGCUGCCCGUAUCACGAGCGAGAAUCCAGAGGAGGGAUUCAAACCCAGCUCUGGUACAGUACAAGAAUUGAAUUUCCGUUCGUCCAAGAAUGUUUGGGGUUAUUUUAGCGUGGCAGCAUCUGGCGGAUUGCAUGAAUUUGCCGACUCACAAUUCGGACAUUGCUUCUCAUGGGGCGAAGACCGCGAAGAAGCUCGUGAAAAUAUGGUCAUUGCUCUUAAAGAAUUAUCAAUUCGAGGCGAUUUCCGCACCACAGUAGAGUAUUUGAUUACACUCUUGGAAACAGAAGAUUUUCAGAGAAAUAACAUCAGUACAACAUGGCUAGACGCUAUGAUCGCUCAACGGUUCAAGUCGGAGAAACCUGAUCAGCUCCUGGCUGUUAUUUGCGGUUCGCUGCACGUUGCCGAUCAAACUAUACUUAAUUCGUUCCAGCACUUCCAGGCUUCAUUAGAAAGAGGCCAAGUCCUUCCAGCCUACACAUUGACCAACUGUGCGGAGGUGGAGCUGAUUUACGAAGGAACUAAAUACAAAAUGCAAACCACAAAAUCUGGGCCCAACAGCUACUUCCUGGCACUCAACGGCUCUUACAAAGAGCUGGAGAUGCACAGGCUUGCCGAUGGAUCGCUUCUCCUUUCUGUCGAUGGAGCCAGUUACAAUACCUACAUGAAGGAGGAGGUGGAUCGUUACCGGGUCGUCAUUGGCAAUCAGACUUGUAUUUUCGAAAAAGAAAACGACCCCACAAUCCUUCGCACGCCUACCGCUGGCAAACUUCUUGGCUUUAUGGUUGAGGAAGGAGGCCAUGUCCAAGCCGGCCAAGCGUAUGCGGAGAUUGAGGUAAUGAAAAUGGUGAUGACGGUCACUGUUACCGAGUCGGGUUGCUUAUAUUACAACAAGCGCCCUGGAGCAAUUUUAGAUUCGGGGGCCAUCAUCGCCCACUUGGAUUUAGAUGAUGCAUCACGCAUUCAGCGCGUUCAAAUGUUUACUGGGCGUUUCCGAGAAAGUGAGCCAGGCUCCACCCUCCCUGUAUGGGGAGACAAAUUGAAUCAAAUCUAUCAAAGCUGCCGUUCUGUCAUGGAUAAUAUCUUUGCUGGAUAUUGCCUACCUGAUCCAUUUUUCCAGCCCAAAAUCAAAGAAACCAUUGAGAAGAUGAUGACGGUCCUUAAGGAUCCCAGUUUACCCCUUUUGGAGUUGCAGGAUGUUAUCUCAUCCAUCUCUGGCCGUAUCCCUGCUUCGGUCGAAAAGAAAAUCCGCAAGCUCAUGGCUCUUUACGCAAGUAACAUUACUUCCGUCCUUGCUCAAUUUCCUAGUCAGCAAGUGGCUAGCGUCAUUGACACUCACGCCGCAACACUACAGAAGCGGGCCGAUCGUGAUGUCUUUUUCCUUACCACUCAAGGAAUCGUUCAGCUUGUCCAGCGCUAUCGCAACGGAAUUCGAGGUCGAAUGAAGGCCGUAGUGCAUGAUUUACUCAAACAAUACUUGGUAGUAGAGGGCCAAUUUCAAAACGGCCAUUACGACAAGUGUGUAUCCAUGUUGCGCGAAAAGAAUAAGGAAACGAUGGCGGCUGUUGUGGCCACGAUAUUUUCUCAUUCGCAGACGACAAAGAAGAAUUUGUUGGUCACGCAGCUUAUUGACCAUCUGUGGAGUCACGAACCGGGUCUUACCGACGAAUUGGCCACCAUUCUCAAAGAAUUGACUAUGCUUAAUCGCUCCGAAAAUGCCAAAGUGGCUCUCAGAGCCAGACAGGUGUUGAUUGCUGCCCACCAGCCAGCUUACGAGCUGCGUCAUAAUCAAAUGGAAUCGAUUUUCUUGUCAGCCAUUGACAUCUAUGGCCACGAUUUCCAUCCUGAAAAUCUCCAAAAGCUCAUCAUGUCUGAGACAUCCAUCUUUGAUGUACUGCAUGAUUUUUUUUCACAUCCCAAUCGGGCUGUCAGAAUGGCUGCCUUGGAGGUCUACGUCCGUCGUUCUUACACUUCGUAUGAACUAACGUGCCUUCAGCAUAAGGAUCUUUCGGAAAAUCUCUGCGUCGUUCAUUUUGAGUUUUUACUCCCCUCUUCCCACCCAAAUCGCAUCCCUCACAACAAGGCUGCAAAUAUGAAUUUGGUCAUGUCUCACAUCCCUAGUUUUGACGAGGUAUCCAACCUCAUAGAUUUGCCCACUGACUUGGAGAACUGCAACCGAACUGGCUGCAUGGCCGCCUUCUCUCGUUUGGAGGACUUUGAAAAUCAUUUCGAUGAAAUGAUGGAAGUCUUUGAUGACUCGCGCCCGUCAACUCCUGAAAGCGCUGAUAACGGUGGUUCAGAUUCGGAUGGCGAAAAUUGCGGAAUCAACAUGCUUUCGCAGUCGGUUACCCUUUCUCAUUCGUUCUCAGAUACUUCUUACAUGGAUAGUCUAACCAAACAGAUGGUCACGGAGGCUAUCCACAUAAUUAAUGUAGCUAUCCGCUACACCGAAGAAGUGGAAGAUACUGUUCUCAGCGAAAAGUUUACUGCGAUUUGUGUACAGAAACGACCUCUUCUGAUUGAACGGGGUAUCCGCCGUAUCACGUUUGUCGUUCUCUUCCGCCGGCAACAUCCCAAAUUCUUUACGUUCCGCGCACGAGACAACUUCAAUGAGGAUCGGAUUUACAGACAUCUCGAGCCUGCUCUCGCUUUCCAGUUAGAAAUAAAUCGCUUACGCACCUACGAACUAGAGGCGCUACCCACAUCCAACCAAAAGAUGCACCUAUAUUUAGGCAAGGCUAAAGUAGCCAAAGGCCAGGAAGUUACCGACUAUCGGUUCUUCAUCAGGUCCAUAAUUCGUCAUUCGGAUUUGAUUACAAAAGAAGCUUCUUUCGAGUAUUUGCAAAACGAAGGUGAACGAUUGUUACUGGAAGCAAUGGACGAGUUGGAAGUAGCCUUCUCCCAUCCUUACAGCCGGCGCACAGAUUGCAAUCACAUCUUUCUCAAUUUUGUUCCAACGGUCAUUAUGGAUCCUUCCAAGAUUGAGGAAAGUGUUAGGGCUAUGGUGAUGCGUUACGGUCCGCGCUUAUGGAAGCUCCGCGUUCUCCAGGCUGAGCUGAAAAUGAUCAUUCGUCAGACGCAUAACGGCAAGACUGUUCCGAUCCGUCUGUGCCUCAACAACGAGAGUGGAUAUUACCUGGACAUUUGCAUGUAUAGAGAAACGACUGAUCCACGAACUGGAGUCGUCAAAUUCGAAGCAUAUGGGCCUCGCCACGGACCCCUGCAUGGACUUCCCAUUUCAACUCCUUAUAUGACCAAAGAUUAUCUACAGCUCAAACGAUUCCAGGCCCAAUCCAACGGCACAACUUACGUCUACGACUAUCCGGAUAUGUUCCGACAGACGUGCAAACGUAUGUGGAAUGAGUACAUCGCUCGCAAUUCGAAAGAGAACAUCAUCCUUCCUGAAUUGUUGGUUACAUCUGUCGAAUUGGUGUUGGACGUCGAAGGAAACUUGAUCGAACAGAAAAGGCUUCCGGGAGAAAACAAUAUCGGCAUGGUAGCCUGGAGAGUUAAACUCAUCACACCGGAAUAUCAAACUGGGCGAGAAAUUAUUGUCAUUUGCAACGACAUUACCUUCAUGAUCGGCUCGUUUGGCCCUCAAGAAGAUAAGCUUUUCUUGGCCGCUUCGCAGUUAGCUCGAUCACUGAAAAUUCCGCGUAUCUACAUCGCGGCCAACAGUGGAGCUAGGAUUGGGCUAGCGGAAGAGAUCAAACACCUCUUCCGUGUUGCGUGGGUCGACAAUAGCGACCCAGAAAAGGGUUUCAAGUACAUUUACUUGACUCCGGACGAUUUCAAGAAAGUUGCGGCUUUCAAUUCAGUCCGCGCCGAGCUGAUCGACGAACAUGGGGAAGCACGAUAUAGAAUUACCGACAUUAUUGGCAAAGAAGACGGUCUAGGUGUUGAAAACCUCCGCCAUUCCGGAAUGAUUGCCGGGGAAUCUUCUCAAGCUUACAACGAUAUUGUGACUAUUUCCUUGGUUUCUUGUCGAGCUAUCGGUAUCGGAGCUUAUCUGGUCCGCCUGGGUCAACGUGUUAUUCAGAUCGAAAAUUCGCACAUCAUUUUAACUGGAUAUAGUGCUCUUAACAGACUGCUGGGACGGGAAGUCUAUACAUCGAACUCGCAACUCGGAGGCAUUCAGAUUAUGUACAACAACGGCGUGUCUCACCGUACGGACGCUCAUGACCUGGAAGGCAUCCAGAGCAUUUUGCGUUGGCUGUCGUACAUGCCCAAAUGCAAGGGCGCUCCUCUGCCGAUCAACCCGAUUUACGAUUCCAUCGAUCGUGAAAUAAAGUACAUGCCAACCAAAGCACCUUACGAUCCCCGUUGGCUCCUGUCUGGCAGGCAAAAUCCACUCCAUCCAGACGAGUGGGAAUCUGGUUUCUUUGACAGAGGUUCAUUCGACGAGAUCAUGGCCGCUUGGGCCCAAACUGUCGUUUGUGGUAGGGCAAGACUAGGUGGUAUUCCCAUUGGAGUUAUCGCUGUCGAGACGCGUACCGUUGAACUCAACUUACCCGCAGAUCCAGCCAAUCUUGAUUCGGAAGCCAAAGUGGUUUCCCAAGCUGGACAGGUGUGGUUCCCCGACUCAGCUUAUAAGACAGCGCAAGCUAUUCUAGAUUUUAGUCGCGAAGAAUUGCCUUUAAUUAUCUUUGCCAAUUGGCGCGGCUUCUCGGGUGGAAUGAAGGACAUGUACGAACAGGUGGUCAAAUUCGGUGCGUAUAUUGUGGAUGGGUUGCGUGAAUAUAAGCAACCUAUCAUGGUCUACAUUCCGCCAUUUGCCGAACUUCGUGGCGGUGCUUGGGUUGUCAUCGAUCCAACCAUCAACGAAUCUUACAUGGAAAUGUAUGCGGAUCCCGAAUCUCGUGGCGGUGUUCUCGAACCAGAGGGUGUUGUCGAGGUCAAGUUUAAACUCAAGGAUCUGCUUAAAACCAUGGCGCGUAUUGAUCCAGUCAUCCAAGGAUUGCGGGAGAAACUGUCCAAGCCAGAGUUGAACCCAACGGACAAACGAAGUCUGGAACAACAGUUGAACCAACGAGAAGAUUUGCUGGCUCCUAUGUACCGACAGGUUGCAACUUAUUUCGCUGAUUUGCACGACACUCCUGAACGCAUGCACGAAAAAGGUGUCAUUCAUGACAUUGUUCCGUGGAAGAAGUCGCGUACUUACUUCUAUUGGCGCUUGCGGCGCCGUCUCUUGGAGAAGGAAACUGUCUUAAAAAUUAUUCAAGUUCAGCAGCAACUCACUCAUCCUCAAGCCGAAGCUAUGCUUCGCCGUUGGUUUGUUGAAGACAAAGGUGCAACUGAUGGUUACUUGUGGGAAGAUAAUCGAAUCGUCGUCGAAUGGCUUGAAGAUCAACUAAAAGGUGAAUGUCAGAAGCCUGUUCUGCUGGAGAACAUUCGCUGUCUGAAACGGGAAUUUGCCCUCGCUCAGGUCCGCACCUUAAUGCAAGAGACUCCUGAAAUUGGUUUGGACUCGAUUGUGCACAUAGUUCAGAAUUUGAGUCCCGCUCAGCGAGCUGAAGUGGCCAAAGCCAUAGGUCGUCUGGACGGUACCCCGGCACCUGCUCCUGCACCCGUAGCACAGGCGGUGGCUCCUUCUGGAAGCGCCGCGACCAGUUGUAGCGCCUCUCUAGAUAGCAGCCCUGGUGCUGUUCCUUGAUUGUUAUCAAUGUCGUAUAGAUCCGACAAAGUUCGUUUAGCUCAAACGUCGUGUGCAGCCCUUCUAAAUGCUGUACCGUAUCUGUUAUUUCUCUCAAUGUGGAAUUCGGUAAAAAUGCAUUCCUAUUAUAUCUUCAUAUCUUAUGCUCGCCACUUGUUUUCGUCGCAUCCAGCUUAGCUGGAGUAAAGAGCCCAAUUAUUGUAGAUCGACAGUGAAAGUUUUGGAUUUUGAACUUGAUUGUGUCGAUCAUUGCAUAAAUUUAUACCUCCCUAAUGCUUCUUUUGAUUCUCUGUACGUUUUUUCUCAUUACCAAAGAGUAAAAAUAGAAUAUGUUCAGGAAGAAA